CAAAUUGUGGUUUUCUCUCACACAGUCACGUUUCUUUUCUAUGCCAUAGAUGGGUUUUAUGUUUCUUUGCUUGUUACGUAGUAUUUUCUAUGCAUUAUAACAGUUCCAAAUUGAAAUACCCAUGUACAUAAAAGGGUUUUGAAGUUUAUAUUUGAUCAUUUCCAGUAUGCAGGCAAUAUGUUUGAUAAAAUGUCUCAAAUGGUUAACAUUCAUGGAAAUUGUUUACAAAUUGUGAUGUUAACUGUCAAUCAACAGCUAUUUGCUAUCUGUCGAUCUCUCUCACACGCCGCUCACUCCCAUCUAUCUGCUGGAGCCUCUGCCCUCGGCGGCUCUACCAGACGACCAGUCACAGGCGUGGAUUUCUCAAACUUUCUUUCUCUCAAGCAGUGACGCUACUCACUCACGGGGGAAGAUUUCCCUGCUCGUCUACAUAAGAGUUCGAGCUUCGUAAGAGAACUGAAAGGAUGUCGUCGAGAAUGGUUGCUCGGAGAUUGGGGAGCAAGCUAUUACCCAUGUUCACUCCUGCUGCUACACUGCAUUCUCAUGCCACUAGCUUUGGAUUUAAAGAAAUUCAGGAAGAGCAAAAAAGCCAAAUGGUCGGUGAUGUCUUCACCAAGGUUGCAUCAAACUAUGACAUCAUGAAUGAUUUGAUGAGUGGUGGACUACAUAGAUUGUGGAAGGAUAGAUUGGUCUCGAAAUUGAGUCCAUUUCCUGGGAUGAAACAUCUUGAUGUAGCCGGGGGAACAGGCGAUGUCGCUUUCAGGAUCCUAGAAACUAUCAAUAGUGUUAAUCGCAGAGCCAUAGAAGACACCCUUGAAGAGGAUUUGCAGGAAGAAACUCAGGUUUAUGUUUGUGAUAUCAAUCCAAAUAUGUUGAAUGUUGGCAAAAAGCGAGCCCAAGAAAGAGGGCUUGGAGAUCAAGGAUCCCUCAUAUGGGUUGAGGGAGAUGCAGAAAAGCUCAAUUUCGAGGAUGGUUCAAUGGAUGGUUACACUAUUGCUUUUGGUAUUAGGAACGUUACACACAUAGAAAAAGUUCUUGCUGAAGCAUACAGGGUACUCAAAAAGGGAGGGAGAUUCCUUUGCCUUGAACUCAGCCAUGUAGAAGCUCCAGUUUUCAAGCAGCUGUAUGAUUCCUACUCAUUCUCAGUGAUUCCAGUUCUAGGUGAGCUUGUUGCAGGAGAUCGUGAUUCUUAUCAAUAUUUGGUUGAGAGCGUUCGACGUUUUCCUCCGCAGGAGGUGUUUGCUUCAAUGAUUGCAGAGGCUGGGUUUCAAAAGGUGGAGUACGAAAAUCUUGUGGGAGGAGUGGUGGCAAUUCAUUCCGGGUUGAAAUUUUAAUGACAAUAUUUUCUCGUAUCAAGUUCAUAAGCUGGAGUUUAGGAUAAUUCAGGUUCAAUUUGUUUGUUAUUUGUACCCAAAGUUUUGGAUCAGGAAUAAACAUUCUGCUGGUGUUUUCAGCCUAACCUACUGGAUGGAUGCCCAUUUAAAUGAUAAUCAGAACUGAAAUCACUUGAAAAUAGGGCUUAAAAGUUUAGACU